AACUGAAAAUAUUUUUGUUGAAGUAUUAUUAGUUUUUUAUUUUCAGUAUUAAAAAUUUAGUAUUAUUAUGGAAAUUCAUAACUCAAAUGAUGAUGUUUUACAAAAAUUAUCAAAGGAAGAAAUUUGGAAUAAAUAUCAAAAUGAAAUCAAUCAAAUGAAAAAAGAAAAUGAAGAGUUACACGAUAAAGAAAAAAUAUGGGAGCAGAAGUUUAUAGAUCAACAACGUUUGUAUGAACAUUCAGAAAAACAAGAAUUAUUGAAAAAAAAUAAAGAAUUGCAACAAGCUGAAUCAACUAUCAAUAAUCUAAAGGAAAAAAUUAAUAUGUUAAACAGCCAACAAAAAGAUGAAGUAGACGCUUUGCAAAAAACACUCCAAAGUAACAAAAGUGCAUUGGAUGCUAUGAAAAAAACCAUGGACAAUGAAAAAGCUUUUAGAAUUUGUGCUGAUGAAGAAAUAAAGAAUCUUAAAGAACAGAUAAAAUGUAAUAAUAUAAAAUUUAAAUCUUUAGAGACAGAAAUUGAAAAGUUGUUCCAUGAAAAAUUAAAAAUAGAAGAAACUAAAAAUAAAAUUAGUUCACAAUGUAACGAGUUAAUACAAAAAAAUAUUUCUUUAGAAAAUCAUUGUGAAAAAAAAGAUUUAGCAUUUGACGAACAAGCAAAUAUAAUUAACAAAUUGGAAAAUAAUAUUACUGAACUUAAAGAAAAGAUUAAGAAUUAUAAUGAAAUAGAAGAAGAAAACAACAAAUUUGUAAAACAAAUAAAAUUAUUUUCUAAGCAAAUGGAAACUUAUGAAAAUGAGAGAGAAGUUUAUGUUCAAAGACUUCAAAAUAUGCAGAAAGAAGAAAAUGUGUUGAAAAGUAUUAUAAAAGAAUUAAAAGUAGAAAUUGAAGUAAAAAAUAAUGAAAUUAAGACUCUUAGUGAAAUUAAUUCUGAUUUGAGUUCUAAAACUUCAAAGUUAGCUACUAAUUUAAAUAACUUACAAAUAAAUUUUACUGAUUGUUUAAAACUUUUGGAUGAAAUUUUUGAAAAUUAUGUUAAAAAUCAAAUAAAACAUAAUAACAUAGAUGAAAAUAAUAAACUGUCAUUCAAAUUUGAACCAUAUUUAAAUGAAGCAUUUGAACUAUUUGAAAAAACUUUAACAGAAUAUAAAACACUGAAAUUCACUUAUAAAGAGUCUGAGAUAAUUUUAAAAGAUGAACUCAACAAAAAGGAAAAUAUAAUUGAAUCAUUAAAAAAUAAAAUAAGUAACUAUAAACAAGAAAUAAUAAAAAAUGGAACAACAAUUCCUAAUUCUUUGGAGACAAAGAACCAGAAUACAGGAUUAAAUAUAAAACAAACCCAAAAUGAUACUGAUUUGAAUAAUAAAAUUAUCCUUGUUGAUGAAAUUAAUAAAAACUUACAGUAUAUUCAUAACAUUAAGAUUGAAGUAUUACCUAAACAAAAACUUUUAGUGUCUAAUUUUAGAGAAUUUAUGUUAGAAAAAAUAAAAGAAGUUGAAAAUUUAAACAUUUCUAAAAACAACUAUAUUGAUAAUGUACACUUGCAAGUAGAUAAUUUAAAAAAAAAAAUUGAUAGUAAAAAUAUAACUAUAAGUAAAUUCGAAGCAGAAGUAUUAAAACUUGAAGAGAAAAUUACAGAAAAAGAUGCUUUGUGUAAUGAAAUGGAAGUUGAAUUACAACACUUAAGAGAUAAUAUUGAUGGUUCAAGUACUUCAUCAAUUAGUAGAGCAGAUGAGAUUUAUAGAUUGCGUGAAAUGGAUGAAAGUCAAGAAGAUCGUUCUCAAAAGUUGAAAGCCAUUGCUAUAAAACAAAAAAAACAAAUAUCUGAUUUAAAACAAUUCAUAGAAAAUGAAAUAAAAAAACAUAAUCAAGAAAAAAGUGAAUUAUUAAGCAAGAUGGCAGCUUUAGCUGAACAAGGGAAACUUGCACGUUGUUUACAACAACAGUAUGAUAUUAAAUGUGAUGAGUUUGACAUUAAAUGUAAAGAAACUAAAGAAUUAAGUAAAAAGUUGAAAGAAGAAGAAAAUAAAUUAUUAGAGCAGACUAAGUUAUGCUUGAAUUUAAAAUCAGAUAUUGAAACAUUGAAGAAUGACUUAGUAAAUGCUCAAAAAACUAUCAAUUGUUUAAAAGAAGCAGAAAAAUCUUUAAUUUCAAAGCUUGAAAUAAUUAAGCAAGAAAAAUCUGCCAGUGAAAUUCUCAAAGCAGAUCGAGAAGCUUCAAUUAAAGAACUUACAAACAAUUUAAAAGUUUCUAAAGAUAAACUUAAGUCUAUGGAAUAUGAAUUGGACAAAUUAAAAACAGAUAAACAAAAAAUUAAUAUUCGUGAUCUUGAGUUAAAUUCGUAUGAAAAAACCUUGGAUGAGUUAUCUCAAAAAGUGAAAGAAGAAAAGUUACAUAGUGAACAUUUAGAACAAGAACUCUCAAAUGCUAAUAGUGUUAUUGAUUCUUUGCAUGAACAAAUAAAACAUUUAGAAAAUAUUGUUAUUACUGAACAAGAAAGAAAUAAACAGAGUUCACAUCAAAUAGAAAUAUGUAGAACGGGUCUGAAUAAUGCUGAAUCAUUACUUAAUGAAAAAGAAAACCUUUUAAAAGAAUGCCAAGAAACUUUAAACAAUGAAAAGAUAUUAAAUACAGAUUUAACCAAUAAGUAUGAUAAAUUACAUACCCAAUAUGAUACUGAUAAAGAAAAUUAUCAAUUGCAAUAUACCCAACUAAAUGAAAAAAUUCGAAGAUUACAAGUUGAGUUAAAAACAGCCAAUGAUUCUAUUGCUAAUUACGUAGAAGAAAAUCAAAGUUUAGUUGAUGAAUUUGAAGCAUAUAAAAUAAGAGCACAUAGUGUUUUUCAAAAACACAAACAAGAUACUGUGUAUAAUGCAAAAGUUGUAGAAUUAGGUGAACAACUUCAAGAAGUUACAAAAGCUUUCAAUGUUUCAAAAACUAAUUUACAAAUUGUGGCGUCUGAGCUGUCAGCUAAAUACACAGAAAUAAGUAUGUUACAAGAGGAAAUAAAUAAAUAUGAAAAAAAACUAAGUAAUGUUACUAAGACUUUAUCAAUAAAAGACAAAGAAAUGUAUCGUUUAAAUAUUGAAAUUGAACAUCUCAAAUCAAUAUUAGAAGUAGAAAAAGCAACUCUUAAUGAAAAAAUGUCAAGUGAAAGACUGGCACAUGAAAAAGAAAUUGAAAAGCUUCAACAAGAAAUUGCUUUAGUUAAAGAAUUAACUGCACCAGUAUUGAAUGCAGAGUUACCUGUUGUUGAAAAUAAACUUAAAGAAUCAAAUUCUUCAAAUAAUAUUCAUGAUGAUGAUGAAAUGUUUUCAGAUUUUGCUAGUUCAAAUGAAUCAGUUAGAAAAAUUAGUAAGUCUGCAUUAAUGCCUUUGGAAGAUCUCUUAUCCUUUGAUAACUAUAGUGUGGGUGAUCCAGUUACCGAAUUGAAUACUAAUCAGAAGCAACUGAAACAAUUAACUUUAAUGUUAAAUGAAGCUGAAAAAAAUUGUUCACGAUAUGAACAACAAAAUAAAUUUCUGAAAGAAGACAUUAGAAGAUUACAACGUAGUGUAGAUAGACAUGCUGAAAUACAAAAUAUGGAAUAUUUAAAAAAUAUUAUUAUUAAGUUUAUCACUUUAUCAAGUGGUGUAGAAAAAAGUCAUUUAGUACCAGUAAUAAAUAAACUGCUCAAACUUAGUCCAGAUGAACAGAAGCAGAUUGAAACUAUUGCUAAAGGGUCAGCGACAGAUCCAAAUUCAAGCUGGUCUAGUUUAUUUACAUGGUCACAAGGAACUUAAUCAAUUUCUAGGUUUCAUAAUACAAUUUGAUAUAUUAAUGUAGGUGCUUGAUUAUUAAGUAUUCUUUUUAUGUUAUAUUUUAAUUAUUUCCAAAAA